ACAUAAGUGCAGAUCGCGUCUGAUCGCAGUAUUUAAUGGACUCUGAAGACGACAGUUAUCUUAAUUGUAUGUUCAGUGCUCAUUUUUUUUAAAAAAAAACAAAGCUGAGUUUUUUUGGACUUUCAGAUAAAAAUGAAGUACCACAAACACGCUAGUGAUGCUUCUAAUUGGUAUUUAAAUGAGCUGGGAAGUCGUGUGGUCGCUAACAGUGGCAUCCCUUCGGAUAGACAUCACCUCGGCAAACUCAUCUUACACAGUCUUAAAGAUGCUCGGAAUAACAUACUGCAGAUAGAUGGUGGUACCGGAGAGACAGACACAUUCCAAGAUGCUCUGGAAAGGUCAGUUAGUUGUGCGAAUGCUUUCCGUGCGAUAGGAUUGAAAGAUGAUGACGUCAUACUCAUUAUGGCACCAAACUGUAUAGACCUAACAACUUCAAUGUACGCUGCUUUCUAUUUAGGUUUGAUAGUUGCUGGUGUCGAUAGUACGCUUGGAAUCAAGGAGCUUCAAGAUACCUUUGAGAUAUGUUUGCCAAAAGUCAUAUUCUGUAUGAGUGAAAGAGAAGGAGAUGUUGAAGAAGCGAUGAAGAAUAUGAAUUUAGAUGCAAGAAUAGUGACAUACAACAAAGGUGGUAAAUGUGAAUUUACGGAGUUCAUACAAAAAUAUGGAAGCGAUACAUCUGUGGAGGAUUUCAAGCCUGCUGAUUUUAACCCGGAAGAGAGAACUUGUUUACUAAUCUCCACAAGUGGGACGACUGGGAAACCUAAAUGUGCUGCACUCACAUAUAAAAACCUAAUGUUUAGUCUACCCUACGUAUGGUUGAUAACAUCCAAGUUCCCGUCGCCAGUUGAUAGAGUUCUGAUAGUGUCGCCGGUGCAGUGGCUGUCAGCGAUAUUUAGCCUGAUUCUAUCGCCCAUAAUGAAGUUCACGAGAAUACAAACAUCUCUACCAACGACAACGGAACACACGUAUGAUCUUAUCAACAAAUACAAGCCGGAAUUCAUGAUAAUCAGUCCGACAAUGGCUAUAACUCUGACGAAACCUGAAACACGAGAUAGAUGCGACUUUUCGUCUUUCAAGUAUAUACUGGUAGGAGGUAGUGCUGUGCCUCAGACACUGAUUGAUGACUUGAAGAUAAUAACACCUGAAACGGAGACCUACGUGGCAUACGGUUGCAGCGAAGUUUGUGGCAUUACUUUAAAUCCCGUCUCUUCUCUCCCAGGGUCUAUUGGUAAACCAAUGACCCAUCUUCAUUAUAGAUUAGUUGAUCCAGAAACGCAAAAAGAUAUCUUGGAACCAAAUAUAACUGGCGAACUUUGGCUUAAAGGACCUGCAACUUUUAAGGGUUAUUUUAAUAAUCCACAAGCUACAGAAGAAGUGUACACUGAAGAUGGAUGGAUUAAAACAGGAGACCUUAUGUACAGGGACGAGCACUGGAACUUCUUUUACGUCGAUCGUCUGAAGAUGCUACUCAAAUAUCGCAAUCACCACAUAUCACCUACGGAGUUAGAAUCAGUUAUCAUCAAGCAUCCAGGUGUGUUGGACGUGGCGGUUACAGGAAUCCCGGAUGUUGAAUGUGGAGACCUGGCCGUUGCAUUCGUCGUGCCGCAACACAAUACAACAAUUUCCGCACAGGAGAUUAAAGAUCUUGUAAAAGAAUCUCUGGCGGAGACGAAACAGUUGAGAGGAGGAGUUAUAUUCUUAAAAGAACUACCUUUGACUUCGACUUCGAAAGUGAACAGAACUAUGCUGAAGAAUAUGGCGAAAACUAUGAAAAGAGAAUAAACAGUAGAAGUAAAAUGAAAACAAAACUGUAAAAAGAAAUAUUAUCCAUAACGUAAA